GCGUGGUUUCGAGAGUUUGAAGAUGACACAAGUUCGUUUUAUUAUUUCCGCUAUAUUCGUGUCCGUUCUCGCGUUUGAGGGAGGAAAUGGAGCCAGAAUAUUGGGCGUAUUUCCGACAACGUCGAUCAGUCAUCAGAUUGUUUUUCGAGGAUUAACGUUGGCGCUGAACAAGCGAGGCCACGAGCUCGUCAUUGCUACUCCAAACCCAGUGAACGAUCCGAACCUCAAAAACUACACGGAGAUAGACUUAAGUGAACUUUACACCAUAAAGAAACAGCGAAACCUCGUUGAUUCCCGUUUCAUGGAUUGGUUAAGCAUGCUCCAGGGAGCUGCAGGUAAUAUGUAUACCUACAUGAACGUCAUACUAGGCCAUCCAGAGAUGAGAAAACUGUACGCUCUGAACAACAAUGAGAAGUUUGAUGUGUUGAUCGUCGAGCCAUUGUAUUGGCCGGCAAUAUUGGCGCUGGCGCCACGAUUUAACGUCCCAAUCAUCGGCGUGAGUAGCCUUGGCUUGUCGAUAAGCAAUCACUAUUCGAUCGGAAAUCCAAUACUGCCUUCUCAUCCGUCGACCUGGGAAUUCCAAAAUAAUAUAGACUCAGCAUCGACGUUUUGGCAGAGGUUAAAUAACUUCAUACGGAUGUGUAGGUAUCUCUAUUUCUACAGAAUGGUCUACAUGCCAGCGCAAGAGGCAAUCGCCCAGAAGUACCUUGGAGACAACAUUCCAAGUCUCGCUGAUAUCGAGAAAAACAUCAGUCUCUUUUUCGUCAAUCAACAAGGGCCGAUUUCAUUUGCCAGGCCAAAUGUGCCAGGCGUGGUUGAAAUUGGCGGUUUUCAUAUCGUGAAAUGCACUGAGCGACUGCCAAAGGAUCUUCAAGAAAUUCUGGACGAUGCAACCCAAGGAUUCAUAUACAUGAGUCUUGGAUCAAACGUCGAGAGCAAGAUGUUGUCGAACGAGACACGGGCCGAAUUUGUGGCCGCGUUUUCGGCCCUGCCAUACAAGGUGAUUUGGAAAUUCGAGGACAAUGUCUUCCCCAACAAGCCGGACAACGUCCUGAUCCUGAAGUGGACACCGCAACAGGCUAUUCUCGCUCACUCGAAUCUGAAGGUUUUUAUAUACCAAGGAGGACUUCAGAGCACAGAAGAAGCGAUUCAUCACGGCGUCCCGCUGAUCGGGUUGCCGGUGUUCGCCGACCAGGAUAUGCAAGUGGACAAAAUGGUGUCCCUCGGCGUUGCCAAGAGACUGGAAAUCACGAGAAUUACUCGGCAGAGUCUGCUGGAAGCAAUUCACGCCAUUGUGCUCGACAGCAGCUAUAAGCAGAAGAUGCUGAGACUGCGGUCAUUGCUCGAAGAAAAACCACAUGAUCCCCUGGAGAACGCGAUCUGGUGGACCGAGUACGUUAUACGCAACAGAGGUGCGCCGCAUCUGCACUCAAGCUCAGCUGACGAGCCAUGGUACCAACGCCAGGACAUGGACAUAAUCGCCUUCAUAUCCGCCUCGUCUUCCAUAUCGAUCUUCCUUGCGCUGGUAAUGUUGUACCGAUUACUAGUGAAGCUCAGACACGGCUGUUCCCUCCAAUUCCUCGAUCCAAAGAAGAAGAUGCACUGAUGACGCACACGCAGUGCGCCAAAUAAUGACGAAAGUAAUCAAUUCACCUCACAAUCGGUCGAUCCGC